AUGCGCAGUGGGGCUCCUCACACAGACACUUGUCGCCCUCGAGUCGGCAGCAGUCUGCGGGCUUCUUCAUCGACUCCAGUCCCCUCAGCCUCGCAGGUUCACAGCCCCAGCACAGCCCUCCACCUCCCACGACCACCAGCCUCCUCAGCCUGACAGUCCACGGCGUCAUGCUGAUGAGGAGGCCGGCGGCCGGGCGGCUGCGGUGGUGACGGCGGCGGCGGCGGUGGUGGUGGUUGCGGUCUGGUUCGCUUGCGAGAGAUCGAGGAGAAGUCGCCUUUGGGAGCCGCGUUGGAAGCUUCGCAGGCGGUGAGAGUUGGAACGAGAAGAAGCGAGAUGAACUCAUCUUUCGUGGAGGCAAACUGGUCCCUGGCCGUGGCGGCCACGGAGGCCGUGGCGGCACUGGUGCCAUCGUCCGGGAUGACCGCCGAGACGACCGUCACGCUGGCGCCCAUCGGCCCCACAGUUGCCCCCGACCAUGGCAACGCCACGCUGCCGCUCAUCUUCCUGCAAACGUCGGCCGCGCAGGCCAUCUCUGGCUUCUUCGCGUGGUGCGCGCUGCUCAUCACCUUCCACCAGAUCUACGUGCACCUGAAGCACUACAGCUGCCCGAACGAGCAGCGGCACAUCGUGCGCAUUCUCUUCAUCGUGCCCAUCUACGCGUUCGACUCGUGGCUCAGCCUCCUGUUCUUCAGCAACGACCAGUUCUACAUCUACUUCGACUCCGUGCGGGACUGCUACGAGGCGUUUGUGAUUUACAACUUCCUGAGCCUCUGCUACGAGUACCUCGGAGGGGAGAGCGCCAUCAUGUCCGAGAUCCGGGGAAAGCCAAUCGAGUCAAGCUGCAUAUAUGGCACGUGCUGCCUGUGCGGUCACAACUACUCCAUCGGCUUCCUGCGCUUCUGCAAGCAGGCAAGGCUUCAGUUCUGUGUGGUGAAGCCGCUCAUGGCCAUCGUGACGCUCAUCCUUCAGGCCUUCGGCAAAUACCGCGACGGCGACUUCGACGUGUCUAACGGGUACCUGUACGUGACGAUCAUCUACAACGUGUCCGUGAGCCUGGCGCUCUACGCCCUCUUCCUCUUCUACUUCGCCACGCGCGAGUUGCUCAGCCCCUUCGAGCCCGUGCUCAAGUUCUUCACCGUCAAGUCGGUCAUCUUCCUCUCCUUCUGGCAGGGCAUGCUGCUGGCGAUCCUGGAGAAGUGCGGGGCGAUCCCCAUGAUCUACUCGCUGGAUGGCAAACUGGUGGCCGGCGUGGGCACUGUGGCGGCUGGAUACCAGAACUUCAUCAUCUGCAUUGAGAUGUUCUUUGCUGCAAUCGCGCUGCGCUACGCCUUCUCGCACUGGCCCUACCUCAACAAGCGCGUCGACACACUCGGCCGGAGCACCCCGAUGAGCAUCUCAAGCAGUCUGAAGGAGACGAUGAACCCCAACGAUAUCGUGCAGGACGCCAUCCACAACUUCUCGCCCGCAUACCAGCAGUACACGCAGCAGUCGACGCUUGAGCGCAACGGCACGGGCCACGCGCACACGUUCCACGCGCGCCAGCCGUCGGGCGGCGGGGGCGGUGGGGGGCACCCCUCAGCCCACGCGCACGACACCGAGAAGACGAUGCUGCUGAGCUCCGACGACGAGUUCUGAGCGGCGUCGUGGUGCGCGUCCUAGGCGGCACGUACAUGCCGCCCGCCGCCGCUGCUGCUGCUGCUUACGACGCCGCUGCUGCUCCCGCCCCCCCCCCACCACCCACGUUUGCUUCUCCCCCCAUCGCCCCACCGUCUUCCAACGCCGCCUCUGGUGGCGCGGCGAACUGAUGGCAGCGCUCCUUUCUGUGACCCCCCCCCCCCCGUAAGCACUUCACCACAAACGCCAUUUGAGUCGUUGCUACCAAUUUUGUGGGCGCGUCGUGAAGUGUUUGAGGGGAUGGCAACUGCUGGGCGGUGGGGGGAGGGGGUUGAGAGGGGGGGGGGUGGGGGGAAACACCGGAAGCUGCUCACCGUUUACACAAUCGUGCUUUCUUGCGGUUCUCACUCUGGCAUUAAAUUCACCGUCGGGGGGAAAGACAUGUAGACACGUAAACAAGCUUAUUUCGUUGAGACGUUUUUAUUUUAAUUGAGGGAGAGGAAUUAUUCCAUAUCGUGCAUUCACAACCCAAUGAAGCCGUUUUUUUGCGUGGGAAAACAACACGGAUGACGCGGAUUUUGCGACGGCUUUCGGCCGGUGAAAUUUACGGGAAUUGUUGUUAAUCAUCGUCGUGUUUUGUUUUCUUUUUAGUUUUUUUUUGAAAAAUAAUUUACUGCAUGGAUGUCGGCUUAUUAGGGGGGGGGGGGCUAGGGGGGGCGGGAGUGAAAGGGGGGGGGGAGCUGUUAAGCAGCGAAUGUCUGGAAUUGCUGCAGUCGCGUCGGUGAUCGCUUCGGGGUGCCGUGAAUCCCGGAGGAAUUUCGCGUCAGAACGUUUAGUCCGUAAAUGCGACCAGAGGCAGGACGUUUAUUUUGCACUGCACUUUCAGUUGGCGAAUAGGCUCGAGCGGGGGGUCUGUUUGAUGCCACUUCACUGCAAAUUGACUGGCAUUCUAUAAAUUAUUGGUGUUUUUUUUUAAACUGAGACGAAUUUUAACUCAAGCUGACGAAAUGUCAAAUCUGGGUUUACCCAAGAACUAACUUUAAACAACAAGGGGUGGGAUUCUGCUCCCUUGCAACCUGAGUCACCGGUGGAAAUUUAACAUUGGCUAUGGUGGGGACCAGUCUUUGCAUAAUAAGCCAACGAUUGCUACCGAGUGGUGCUUUCUGAACCGAACCUUCACCCUGAACAGAACCCUUAUCCCUGGUCAUAAUUUUAAACCUAACCCCACGAAGCCAAACUCUCACCCUAACCUGAGCUCUGAAGCUAAAGCAUAGCCAUAACCUCAGACCUUACCACAACUCAACUUAGCCCAAGCUAUAACCUACACCCUUACCACUGUAUUUAUAUUGGGAUAUUCUUCAGUGGCCUUUGUGACUAAAUGCAGGAUGCAAACUUUUUAAUGACUGACCGAGAAAUAAAUAUUAAUAAAAAAAAUAAAAAUUGCUAUGGCAUUCAAACAACUUAGUAAAACGGUUCUUUUAUUUGACUUGUUCACAAUAUAUUAUUGUGCUAGCCUCAUUCAUAAACCGACCCCAAACUCUAUACCCCUAAUCCCGAAUGUGAAACCCACCACGAACACAAUCCCUCUCACAAACCCUAACCAGAUCCCGGGUGUAAACCCCCAUUCCAGUGACCAUCACCAGCCAUAAUCUACUGUUGGAUGAUUGCCUCUCCCAAGCCGUUGCCUUCUCUCACGAUCUUGCGAUGUAACAAUCCCCACCCAGCACACCACGCGCCGAUCUCGUCGCUCCCAACUCUUCGGUGUACGUCCUUUCAAACGUGUUCCAUCCCUUGGCUGCCACUCCGUUAUUACCCUUGACCAUUGCCCAUCAACCCAUCGAGUCUUGCUCAGGGCCGCUUAUUUUUCUUAACGGUUACAAUUCUGUCUUCACCCUGCGUAUAUUCUCCCAGACACGUGUGUUGUACUUCAAUAACAAUGCCAAGCAUGCAUCCCUUCACGCUUCUUUGAGAAUGUUUCAGUUUUUGUUCCAAAUGCUUCGUCAAUGAUAUGACAUAACCCCGUAUGUCAUAGCAUUGAUUGAACGUUUUCUUCUAUAGGCACAUUUCUAUGUGACUUUAUAAUCAAUUUACGAUUUGCAAGAGCACUCCAACCUGCUGUCAUCCGCCGACUCAUUCCAUUAUUUUGAUUCUGGUCCACUCUCCAUAACUGUCUUUGGUGCAUGCACACACUCUGCUCUGUUUGAAGAGCUGUGACCCUUAGACACAUCUCCAAUUGUUAAGCGAACUUGUUGAACAUAACCUUUGUUUUUUUUUAUAAUUUAUCAUGUGCCCCAACCUUGCACCGUUCUCUAUUAUAAAGUUACAGUAACAUUUCCUGCAGUUCAUAUUUACGCCUUUUGUUUCUCCAAUCCAAUAUUUAGAAAUAUCUUCUCAUGUUGGUGUCGAAUAACUUUGGCUAUGGUUAUUCUUUGGAUAGUUUGCAUGUUGUAAAUAACCUAAGACAGUGUCCUGUUCUUCUCCAUCGAUUCCUAACGUUGCUUUCACCUGUACCUCACCCCGCCACCGUCAUGGUAAAUGAAAUCAGAGUUGUCGGUAGCUUGAGAACCAUGUUGCAGGCUGCACUAGCAUGGGGCGGGGGUGGGGGAGGGGGCGGAAUAUGUGACCGUAUUUCACGCUGGUCAAUGCAGGUUGGCGAAGAUAACCACCUGACAUGAGGAGAGUGCACUUCUCGCAUUAAGGUGACUCGGCCAGCGGUGCAUGCUCUCUGGAGUUGUAUAUUCGUGUCGCUAAUGUGAAUCCGUUGCUGCUUGAACGCCACCCACACCCGGUGCUUUCCGGUAAUGGAUUGUGCCCCAGUGUCUCUACUCCGUGAGCUUCUGCAGCGUAGAGUAGCGAGAGCAACUGGCAGCUGCGGACUGAAAGUGGCAACAUUCCCACGCAACCUGGCGUGGGUCGUUUCACACACGGCCCGUUUCAGCGGUUCAGUAUUGAACAAAUGCGGGAUCCACGAACAGAAGACUUGAAUCCGAGCUGUCUGUCCCCAGUCUUAGUCGACUUUAUAGCCCUUGAGCCAUUGGACCAAAGAUUGCUUAUUGGUACCAACCAGUGUGGAAAAUGCGAAUAAUAAUUUUUGGAACAAUUUUCAUUUCGACAUUACUAAUAUGGACGAUGACAAAGUCAUCGUGGUAUCUUUUUUUUAUAUCUAAGAAAAAAAAAUUAUGAAAGAGGGUGUCAUGUUAUGUAUGACAGAAUAUCGUUUUGGGAAAGAAAAAAUAUGUGAACCGAAACAUGUACAGCUUAUAAAAAAUUACAUUUAAGUGAAGCUUUCUGAAAAUGGUGGAUACUGUAACUAGUAGCAUUUGUCACCCCAAGUGGUACCGGUCAAGUACCUCUGCUCAUGGGCUAUUAACACAAAACUCCAAUGUGCAUGACUCAGAGGAAGGUUUCGUUGUAUGUUACCGUCACUGCGAGCCAGGCCCCAGGUUCCACGUCGCCGGUGCUGUGAUAGAGGGCCGUGUUUUUAUCCGUUUCUGGUUCGUGCGUCCUCGCAAUUUUUCGUCGCAGAAAUUACGGUGCCGGUCGGCACUGCGGUCCGCUAUCGGUGCCUCGACGCGGCCGCUCUAUCGCCUUGGGAGUUGGCGCCUUAUGCCGUCGCCCAGCGCCGCCUCGUCGUUUUAUUUGUGUCCCAAUCCUCGUGGGAUUCGCCGCGGAGUGGGGAGGGGAGGGUCAGCGUCGCGCUCGCGCGUGUGGUUGUGGUGAUCGUGUGAGACGGGAGUGGUGAGCGGUUGAAGAGUGAUUGGGGGAUCUGGGAGAAAUUGAUUGACAGGAGGAGGAAGAGGGGAAAGGUGGAGUCUCACAUGGUGGACAGCAAGGUGAUGAUGAUUUGAAAACAGGGAAUCGAUCGUAAUUCGUGUCUUAACCGUAAGAGUUUACAACUUUUUACCAAACUGAAUCAUUGCCCUUCCUCGCACCGUUGAUCCAAACUUCACCCAAACAAACUCGAGUCCUAAUUCCUUGUUCAUACUCAAUUAGUAUUUAUAACAACCUUAGAAUUUGUUGAAACGAGUCAAAUUUGCAAGGGAGACCACGUCCUAGUCCCAACCCUAUCCCUAACCCAGCCUUCACCCGAAUCCCAGUAUUACCCAACAAUAUCCCUGGCCCAAGCAAAUCUUCCUCACCCACAGUAAAAAUCGGCAGAGUAAAAAACACGAGAGCGGAUUUUUACUUCUGUAAACAAAUCUAAUGACACCGUGUCACCAUGAUGCAAACUGUCACUUCAAUAAAAUGAGGCACAUUGUUCUCCAACGCUCCCUGAGUAAUUACACACACCGGCUAUUUGUGAUUGCAAACGAGAUGUUGAUUAUAGUUUGGAGUUGAGCCCGAUAACGUCUCCAGGGUGUGCCUCGGAGAAGGCAGGGAGUGGUUUUACUCGGUCGUGGAUGAUGUGGCUGGGUAGGGCAGUGGCGUUGCAGCGAAUUCAGCUGUGUGGCUCCUUGAUCGGGACUGCCCAAGGGAGCCCGCGUGGUUGAUUGGUGAGCGGUGUGGCUGGGUCGGAGUGAAGUUGUUGGCGAGUGUUGUGGUUUGAACAGGGUGCACUCCCACGACUUUCCAAGCCACACCGUCUCCCCCCCCCCCCAGCCUUUUGCAAUUUACCUAAACGACUGACACCAAGGUGACGUCUAUCCACCACCCCUCACUCGGCUCAACGCGUCGGUGGCGAUAGAAUUUUUUCGUUCACGUUUGGAGGAGGGCGAGCGGGGGUGGGGGGGGGGGAUCGUCGAACACCGACAUUGAGCUGAUAUUGUUUGUGGCCUGAUUUCGUCGCUUUUUUUUGUCUGACUUUUUUCGAGAACUUUCCGACACCUCCAUCGCCAACAUCUGGGAAAAUCAGCCCGGGGAUGGGGGGGGGGCAACGACGACGCGGCGAGCUUCGGCCGCUUUGUGACGACGCGAAUCGAGCCCAGGGUGUCGGGGGAGCUUGCGUGGGCGCUCGUGGUCACGGAGGAGCUGGUGGAUAUUGUAUAUAAUGUACAUGUAUCAUACGCAGAUGUCUAUCUCUGGAUCGUAGAGAGUCUAGUUUUGUAUCUGUGACGGCGGCGUGUUGGGCCGAUCGUGCGCGACGCGUCCUCCUCUUGUGUCGGCUCCGACAGAAAUAAAACUGCCUUGCAGUGCACA